AUGGCUGCAACUGUCCAGGGUGAUGAUGAUGAUUUAAUCGACGACGAUAUUGGAGCAAGUAUUAAAUACCCACCUAAUGUAGAAAAAGCCAUUAAAGAGCUGUUUCCCAGUAAUGAUCCACUAGAUGCACCUGACUUUAAUGCAGUAGAAUACAUCAAUACUCUUUUUCCUACCGAGCAGUCUUUAGCCAACAUUGAUGAUGUUGUCCAACGUAUUCGUUUGAAAAUUGGUCGUUUAGAUGAUGAAAUUCGCACUGUCAUUCGCAGUCAAACCAAUGUUGGAAGUGACGGCCGACAGGCAUUAGAGGAAGCUCAAAACGCUAUCACAGAGCUGUUUUCUAAAAUAUUAGAUAUUAAAUCGAAAGCCGAUAAAUCAGAGCAAAUGGUAAAAGAAAUAACUCGUGAUAUCAAGCAAUUAGACCAUGCUAAACGCCACUUAACAUCUUCUAUUACCACCCUUAAUCAUUUACACAUGUUGGUAGGUGGAGUCCACAGUCUAGUUAAUCUAACACAUCGCCGUCAAUAUGGAGAAAUUGCUAAUUUAUUGCAAGGUGUUUUAAACGUUAAAGAGCACUUUGAUAAAUAUAUGGGCAUACCGCAAAUUAAGCAAUUAGCUGAUAGAAUUACCGAAAUUCAGAAUGACUUAGCUACCCAAAUUCAAAAUGAUUUUGAAGAGAACUUAUCUGCUGAUUCAAAAAAGAAGUCUCCUAAUUUAAAGCAACUAACUGAAGCUUGUCUAAUCGUUGACAUUUUAAAUCCAACAGUAAAGAAACGAUUACUCAAUUGGUUUGUUAAGCAACAGUUGUCGGAUUACUUGACUAUAUUCUAUGAUUCUGGUGAUACUGCUUGGCUAGAUAAAAUUGAUCGACGCUACACAUGGCUCAAACGUAUCUUAAUGAAUUAUGAAGAAGAAUAUGGACAGCUAUUUCCUGGUCACUGGCACGUACAGGAAAGAAUUACAUAUGAUUUUUGCUUAACAACCAAAAAAAAUUUAGGUAAAAUCAUGUCGGAGAGAGCAUCAGAUCUUGAUGUUAAGCUGCUUUUGUUCGCCAUUCAGCGAACUACUACUUUUGAAUCACAAGUCGCUAAAAGAUUUGCCGGUAGUAAUUUUGAAGAAGAAAUAUCACCGGGAAACCCAUUUAAAGAUAAAGAUGAGGAUACUUCAAAAUUGUCUAAGGAGUCGGUUUUUAUCGGUUCUAUAUCUUGUUGCUUCGAACCCUACUUAUACUUUUACAUAGAUUCUCAGGACAAGAGCCUAGGAGAAUUAAUUGAUAGAUUUAUUCAAGAAUUUAAAAGUCAAGGGAUUCCAAAAGCUGUCGAAAAUAGUGAUGGUGGCAUUGUAUUGCCCAGUUGUGCAGAUCUCUUCGUAUUUUAUAAAAAGUGUAUGGUUCAAUGCUCACAGCUUAGUACUGGCCAGCCCUUAUUACAGUUAGCCGGACUCUUUAAAAAGUACUUGAAAGAAUACGCUACGAAACUGUUGAAAAAUAAUUUACCAAAGUCCGGUAGUGGUGUAUCAUCAAUGCUAAAAGACGUGGAGGUUAGAUUUAGCGUAGAUGAUCAAGCUACGAUAUGUUGUGUAUUAAGUUCUGCGGAUUACUGCUUAGAAACAACCGUACAAUUAGAGAAUAAGCUGAAAGAGAAAAUUGAUCAAACUUUGGCUGAAAAAAUCGAUUUUAGCAGCGAACAAGAUGUAUUUCACAACAUCAUAUCCAAUUGUAUCCAAUUAUUAGUCCAAGACCUGGAUAAUGCAUGUGAUCCAGCUUUAAAUGCUAUGAUCAAGAUGCACUGGCAAAAUGUCGAAGUUGUUGGCGAUCAAAGUAAUUAUGUGACAUCGAUAUGUUCUCAUUUAUCCCAAGUUGUACCGAAAAUAAGAGAUAAUUUGGCCUCUGCAAGGAAAUAUUUUACGCAAUUUUGUAUAAAAUUCGCAAAUUCUUUCAUACCGAAAUUUAUUAGCCAUAUUUAUAAGUGUAAGCCAAUUAGUACCGUUGGAGCAGAGCAGCUAUUGUUAGAUACCCAUUCUUUAAAGACAACUUUACUAGAUCUUCCAUGUAUUGGAGCUUUAACUGCACGUAAAGCAUCGAGCAGUUACACCAAAAUUAUAUCGAAAGGCAUGUCAAAAGCCGAGAUGAUAUUAAAAGUUGUUAUGUCACCACAAGAUCCAGCUAUGGGAUUUGUUGAGAGCUAUAUCAAUUUACUUAAUGACUAUGAUGUAUCAAAUUUUCAGAAAGUCUUAGAGAUGAAGGGAAUGAAACGAAACGAGCAGCAUAGCGUCAUCGACUUAUUUAAGGCAAAUAUUCCAUCUAACGCAGCGGCUAGCGAACAGAGUUCAAACAAUGCUACGGCAACAACUGCCACUACUACCACAAUAAGUACAUCUACUACUACUACCAAAUCGUCAAAUCGACGUCAACCACAUCAAGAACCAAGUCGUAUAAAAAAAUUAGAAAGACUGAUCAAGAAGCAAUUCUAA